CACGCACACAGACGCGCGAAAACUCAGCAAUGGCGACGUUGUUCUAGCGGUGGCAGUAGCGAAGCAGCAGUAAUCGCGAGACGUUGAGAGUAUCGUGUACUCUGGCGAAGAACAUUGACGAGAUUGAUUGUGCGGCCUUGUGGCCUCAGCAGGAUGAUCAUCGACAACCCGGAGCAAUUCAAGGCGUGGCUUACAGCCGUGUUGGAGCCGCUAUGUGAUGCGGAUCCAGCUGCGUUAGCAAAAUAUGUAUAUGCAUUAGUUAAGAAAGAUAAGACUUUAGACGAACUAAGGAUUGGUAUGGUAGAGCAGCUUGAUGUAUUUUUACAACAAGAGACUCAGAGUUUUGUAGAUUUGUUAUUCAAGACACUAGAAACACAGAAUUUCACAUUACCCAUUGUGAAAAUGGAGGAAGAAGGUAGUAGAACUCCUCCAACAACGGCUGCCCAGACACCACCUGCUAGUGAAAUAAGCAAUAUUGUGUUAAACACAGUAUCAACUCCACAUUUGAAUGGGUCAGCCUCAACAGUGACUAUUAAACGUGAACUAAGAAAAUCUGAGUCUGAAAAGGAGGAGAAAGAAAGAGAAAAACGACCACGUAGUCGUGGCAGACCAAGAUCACGAACGAGAUCACGUUCGAGAUCGUGGGAGCGCGACAGGCGUAGGUCCAGGAGUAGAGAUCACAUCAGACGUGAUAGAGAAAGAGACAGGAGUCGACCAUGGCGAAAUAAGUCGCCACCCAACCUUCGUCGUCACGACAGAAGGCGGACUCGAAGCCGAAGUACAUCACCACUUCGCUCGCGAAUAAGAGAUGGUCCGAAUGAACACAGAACGCGUUUCCGUAAUCGUUCUCCAUCCCCGGUGAGAUCUCGUUCACGUUCAUUAGAUCGGAAAAAGCGCCUACAAGACGGUGUGUUGAGCCCCGGUGGUACACCGACUCAGGACAGCAAUCACGGUGAUGUCGACAUGAGGCUCUCCACCACUAGUCAAUCAAUUCAGAGUGUCGUAUCCGUUGCCGGUCAGGGAGGUAAUUUUGGUCCAAAAAGACGGUGUCGUGAUUUCGAUGAAAAAGGUUACUGCAUGCGAGGAGACUUGUGCCCCUACGAUCACGGCAUCGAUCCAGUGGUUCUGGAAGAUGUAGCAUUGAGCCGAGUGUUGACAUUUGGACCACACAGUGCUCAAGCACCUGCGGGCAUACCAGUUGCAACGGUACCCGAUGUACCACCAGGACCCCAAGGUGGACCGAACGGUAACGCACCUCCAACUCAUCUGCCUCUCGCUAGUUUACCGCCACCUCAUCUGCGCAAUCAGCAUCAUGCUAAUAUGGAAAUGCCCAUAGAGUAUAAUCCAGAUGCACCAAGCAUGGAGCCACAAGUACCAUGGGGUCGUCAUCCACCACCACCACAGCCACCAGUGAUCUAUGGUCGUGGACAACGCGAGCUGAUCAAUGUACCAGUGGCUCAGCACACAGAACCAACUGAAAUAUCAAUGCAACAACAACCUCAACAUCAUCCACCGCCUCAACAACAAUCACAUCCACAUCCACCGAGUGGCAAUCCGUUGAAACGUAAACAAGCGUUUGAUUUUAAUCGCCUCGGACCCAAACAGCGUGCGGUGCAAAACCAAGCAAACUGCUCGCUGGAGUUAAAAAAAGUGCCGAGGAGUUUGAACAACAUUACACAGUUGAACAAUCAUUUCUCCAAGUUCGGCAAGAUUGUGAACAUUCAGGUGAACUUUGGUGGUGAUCCCGAAGCUGCCCUCGUUACCUUUCAAUUGCCCAGUGAAGCUAAGAGUGCAUAUAGGAGUACUGAGGCUGUGCUUAACAAUCGUUUCAUCAAAGUGUUCUGGCACAAUAAUAUGAACAAUAAUUCGGGUGCCGGGGCAAUUGAGAACGUGCCACCUGGCAAGCAGGGGCAACGACAAUCUGUCAAAGAUAGACUUGGUCAACCCGUACACAAUCCCAAUAAAGUUGACGAUGAAUAUGUGCCAAGUCGUCGUGAUGAGCACCAUCAGCAUCAUCAACAGCAAAAUCAACCUCAUCAGCAGGCUCAACCGUUGGCACCCGUUUCAGCUAGACCACCUGUUUCGUUGACAACUACACCAACUACACGCGAAGACAAAGUAUUAGCUAUCAAAAAGACUCAGGAAAUUCUCGCAGCCAAAGAAACACUUAAGAAGAAGCAAGAAGAGAAACGGAAAGAGGCUAUGAAGCUCACUGCUGACUUAAGAAAAAGAAAGCAAGAAUUGCUUGAUAAGCAGCUGGUUGAACUUAGAUCGUUGAUCGAGCGCGCUGAGAAGAAUCCUGAUCAGAAAGAUGCGAUUAUGCUUACAAUCAAGACUGUUCAACAGUCGAUCGAUGGGUUGAGAAAAGACCUUGCUACUCCAGCAACUACUCAGCCAAAUAGCGUUGUCACCAAAUCGAUAGCCAAAACUAGGGAACAAGCUCAAAAGGAGAUUCUCGAUGCCGAACUUGAUCUUAUGACUGCGCAACAAGAGGGACAGGACUCUACUGAAUUGCAAAAGAGAUUACUGGAAUUGCGCACUCAAGCUGCACAAAUGGGACUAACAAAUGUCGGUGCUGGACGUGGUCUACGACCGACAAGACCAAUGCGUGGUGCUACUCUUAGUUUUCGUGGCAGAGGUCGUGGAGCUGCAAAUUUUGCUCACUCAUCCAUUGAUCAUAGACCUACUAAUCUUCUAGUCUCCGGCUAUGAAACUGAAGAGAAAGCCGAUGUUUUAGCGCACUUUCAGCAAUACGGCGAGAUUGUGAAUCAAAUUGUGGAUGACGCCACUCCCUCGAUUGUAAUCAAUUAUAAAUCGAGAAAAGAGGCUGAAUUAGCCAUGUCAAAAGGACGAAACUUCCAAGAUCGUACACUCUCCAUCACAUGGGUCGCUGGUCAUCAUUUACAUCGUGGUGGAGGUAAUAGUGCAAGCACCGCUGGAACAAACUUAUCAGUUUCGUCGAACGCCCCACGAUCUGAGCAGUUGCAGUCGUUGAGUAUGACCGACGAGGAAAUAGAUCUAGAGAAUGUUGCAGAUGUGGAAGCUUUACUACUAGACGAGGAGGAAGAGGAGGAGGAUGAACGCAGUUGGAGGCGAUAGCAGAACUGUGAAUUUUUUGACUAAUGUUUUUUAUUGCAUACAUUGUAAGAAAAAUAAUAUCUUUCGAUCAAAUUUGCGUGCGUACGGUACUAAGUAAUAUUUACAAAUCACAUGUUAAUCGACGCUUUCAUUUUCGGAAGCUUGAUUAGCUGUGCAUUACAAUCUUUUCGAAGAUGAAAUAAUAAUUAUUAUUAUGUAUGACUUGUGCGAGUACACACUUUGGUGUAAAUUUGAGUGUUGAGAAAGAUGAUAUUUGUUAUAAUUAUGCAUACCAUUAAAUAGUAUGCUAUUAUAUGUAAAACUUUGUCGAAUAAUGCGCGCGUCACGAAAUACACCAACUAUUAAGAAUUUACAAAAAAAAAAAAGAAAAGAGAAGACGAUAAUGAAUAAUGAAAAAAAAAACAAUGAAUUAAGCAAAAGAAAAAAAUGAUGAAAUGAAAUGAACAAUGAGAAAAAAUGAAAUAGAGAGAGAGGUGAAUAAUUUAAAGUUUAUCCCAUUAUUUGUAGAAUAAAAUCGCUAUGUUUUGUAUGGGAAUUUAAA